CCUCAGGCUGAACACAGAAAUGUGAAGAUGGGCAACAAUGUGACUCUCAGCUGUGCUCUGACAGAACCCAGGGAUGUUGUGCAAGUGACAUGGCAAAAGGACUCUGAAAAUUCACACAGUAAUAUAGCUACCUACAGUAACAUAAAAGGAUUAAAGAUUCACGAACCCUAUCAAGGCCGAAUGAAUGUCACGAGUCUGGUACUCAAUGAGACAAGCAUCACUUUUUGGGACACUAGGAUGGAUGAUUCAGGGUGUUACACAUGUCUCUUCAAUACUUUCCCUUUUGGCUCCUUGACAGGACAUACCUGCCUGAGUGUCCUUGGUCUCAAUGCAUCUGUCCAUUACAACAUAUCUGAAGAUCAUUUGGUAGCCGUCUGUAAUGCUGUUGGCCUCCCAGAGCCCACCAUCAUGUGGAACAACUUGUUCAAUUCUACUCCUACACAGGAGAGAGUCAAGCACAUCAAUGGGAUGGUCUCUGUCACUAGUAAAUUGGAGAUCAACACUCAGAGCAUCAUUGUGAAGGACUUGACAUGCAGAGUAAGCAAUGUGAAUGAAAAAAUGGAAUUGCCUGUGGAAAUGAGAGGAGAAGAGGGAUCCUCAUUGCUUUGGCUGAUGAUUCCUGGGGGGAUUUUAAUUGUCAUAACAGUUCUGAUUCUGACCACACUGUGCUGGAGGAAGAGGAUAUGCAGGAAGGGUUGAAAUGGAUUGUAGAAUAUUUCCAUUCCACCUACCAGACCAUUACAGCCCAUGAAGUCAACACUACAAGCAGUAACUUGACUGGGUGAUAGGAAAUAGCAAUAGAAGAAAAAUACAUCACA